UCUCGUCCAGCUUGCUUCGAUCGUUCCAGUAUCUAUUCAGCUCCACAACCCGCACGAUGGCAUCCAAAGUACCGCGAGUGAAACUGAACAAUGGCCUGAGCAUCCCAAUUCUCGGACUGGGCACCUGGGGCUCUCCCCCCGGCGAGGUGGCGCAGGCGGUGAAGGACGCCAUCGACAUCGGGUAUCGGCACAUCGACUGCGCCCAUGUCUAUCAGAACGAGCACGAAGUAGGCGAAGGUGUUAAUGCGAAGAUCGAUGAAGGGAUCGUGAAGCGGGAGGAUCUGUUCCUGACCAGCAAACUGUGGAACACCUUCCACCGGCCGGAUCUGGUCGAGGGGGCAUGUCGCACGACCCUCAAGAAUCUCGGAGUCAAGUACCUCGAUCUGUAUCUGAUCCACUGGCCGAUGGCGUACCGUGAGGAUGGUGAGCUGUUCCCACAGGACGAUAACGGCAAAACGGCCUACUCGGAUGUUGAUUACGUCGACACUUACAAAGCGCUCGAGAAGUUGGUCGAUCUUGGGCUGGUAAAGUCGAUCGGUCUUUCGAACUGUAACUUGAAGCAGGUGGAGCGGGUGUUGGCCGCGGCCACCAUCAAACCGGUUACGAACCAGGUCGAGUGCCAUCCGUAUCUGACGCAGAGCAAGCUAUCGCCGUUCUGCAACGAACGCGGACUCGUUAUCACCGCGUACAGUCCGCUCGGUUCUCCGAACCGUCCGUGGGCUAAGCCUGGUGAUCCGAUGCUCAUGGAGGAUCCGAAGAUUGUGUCGCUCGCGAAGAAAUACGCCAAAACGGCAGCCCAAGUAUUGAUCCGUUACCAAAUCCAGCGUGGCCACGUGGUGAUCCCAAAGUCGGUGACAAAAUCGCGGAUCGCAUCAAACUUUGCUGUAUUCGAUUUCGAGCUGACCAAGGAAGAUAUGGCGCUGAUCGAUUCGUUCGACUGCAACGGAAGGCUGGUACCCAUCACAAGUGCUGCCGGCCAUCCGUACCAUCCGUUCGAGAAUGACGAGUUUUAAUGGAAAAGGCGAAGGCUUUAAUGGCGAAGAGCUUUACCGUCUUAUUACUAUACAUCGCACGCUGCACGGCGCUGGAUUCAAUAAAGUACUGAA